AUGAAUACUGAUGAAAAUACAAUGAAAUUUGCAUUGAAAGAUUAUGGAAUGGAAAGAGCAAAUUUGCAUGGUUGGCCAAACACAUUUGUAUUCACAAAAGCAAUUGGAGAGAUGCUUUUAAUGCAUCAUAAAGAUAAUGUUACAUUGAUCAUUAUACGCCCUACAAUGGUAACCAGUACUAUCAAGGAUCCCUUUCCUGGUUGGAUUGAAGGUUUAAGUGUUUUAUAUAAAUUAAGAAAUAUAAUGAUAUUGUAA